AUGAUAGCUGUACAAUCACCUCUGCCUCCCCCAUCACCCCUUCCUCUCGGCCCUACUUCUACCGUCCUACCCUCAUCUGUCCCCGACAACGCCCCGGAACAUUGUCCUGGCGUGGAAUCAUCUCAAGCGGGAAAGGCCGAUGCAUGCGAAGGAUGUCCGAAUCAAGCUGUUUGCGCAGAAGGACCAAAAGGACCGGAUCCGGAUUUACCGCUGAUUAGAGAGAGGAUGAAGUCGGUCAAGAGAAAGGUUUUGGUCUUGUCUGGUAAAGGUGGAGUGGGGAAAAGCACAUUUUCAGCUGGAUUGUCAUGGGCUUUAGCUGCAGAUGAAGAAUGUCAGACUGGUAUAAUGGAUAUCGACAUUUGUGGACCCUCCAUACCCUUGCUAAUGGGUUUAUCAUCAUCUACCAUACACACCUCCUCAUCCGGCUGGUCUCCAGCUUACGCCCUCGAUAAUCUCGCUGUCAUGUCCAUAGGAUUCUUAUUGCCUUCCAACUCUGAUGCGGUCAUAUGGAGAGGACCCAAGAAGAACGGAUUGAUAAAGCAGUUUUUGAAAGAUGUGGAGUGGGGAGAUCUAGAUUAUAUGGUAGUGGAUACACCACCUGGAACGUCAGACGAACAUCUCUCCAUCGUUCAGUACCUCAAAGAAACUGGAAUAGACGGAGCGGUGCUGGUCACUACACCUCAAGAAGUAGCAUUGCAAGAUGUGAGGAAAGAAAUUGAUUUCUGUCGGAAGGUGGGGAUACCCAUCUUGGGCUUAGUAGAGAACAUGUCAGGUUUCGUUUGUCCGAAAUGUAAGAAUGAGAAUCAGAUAUUCGCUCCUACAACGGGUGGCGCAGAAGCUAUGGGUAAAGAGCUGGGAAUAGAAUUGUUAGGCAAAGUACCGCUUGAUCCUAGAAUUGGAAUGACCUGUGAUCAAGGAAUGAGCUUCUUGGACGAAUAUCCUGAUAGUCCUGCGACUAUCGCAUAUCUAGAUAUUGUACAGAGGAUAAGAGAGAUUUUGGGAGACGAAUAG